AUGAGGAGCAACCAAGUUCGCUUGAAUUGUGGUGUAACAAUGCCUCUCAUUGGGUUAGGCACUUAUUCCUUCGAAAAUGAUAAGCACACUACUGAACUAGCAGUUCAUAUGGCCCUUCAGAUGGGUUACAGGAAUUUUGACACAGCCAAGAUAUACGGUUCUGAGGCUGCCCUUGGAAACGCUUUAACAGAGGCAAUGCAAGAUGGAACUGUAGAAAGGGAAGACAUCUUUGUUACCUCUAAGUUAUGGGGCAGUCAUCACCAUGACCCUGUUUCAGCUCUGAGACAAACUCUAAAGACUAUGGGGAUGGACCAUUUGGACCUGUACUUAGUUCACUGGCCAGUGAAAUUGAAGCCAUGGGCAUUUGAUGCCAUUCCAAAAGAAGAUCACUUUGAGGAACUAGACCUGAAAACUACCUGGCUUGGUAUGGAGAAGUGCCUGGAGUUGGGAUUGUGUAGGUCUAUUGGUAUAAGCAAUUUCUCAAGCAAAAAACUUGAUCAGCUUUUGGAAUUUGCCUCUGUUCCUCCGGCUGUUAAUCAGGUGGAGAUGCACCCAAUGUGGAGGCAAGCAAGACUUAGAAGGGUGUGUGGGGACCACAAAAUCCAUGUCAGUGCUUACUCACCACUUGGUGGGCCAGGGAAUGCUUGGGGUUCAACACUUGUGGUGGACAGCCCAAUCAUCCAGUCCAUUGCGCACAAGCACAAUGCAACUCCAGCCCAGGUUGCACUACAAUGGGGAUUAUCAAAAGGGUCAAGUGUGAUUGUGAAGAGCUUUAACCAAGAAAGAAUGAAGGAAAACAUUGGCGCCGUUGAUCUGAAAUUGGACGAUGACGAUUUGAUGGAGAUAGAGAAGUUGGAGGAGAGGAAGAUCAUGAGGGGAGAGUCUCUAAUCAAUCAAACUACAAGUCCAUACAAGACACUUGAAGAUUUAUGGGAUGAUGAAAUUUGA